AUGGGUAUUCCCAAGUUUUUUAGAUUUAUAUCAGAAAGAUGGCCUUUGAUUUCGCAGUUGGUUGAUGAGAAGCAGAUACCAGAAUUUGACAACUUGUAUCUCGAUAUGAACUCGAUCUUGCAUACGUGUACGCAUUCGAACGACGGAUCGAUAACACGUAUAUCAGAUGACCAGAUGUAUGCUGCCAUAUUCAACUAUAUUGAUCAUUUGUUUAGUAUAAUCAAACCCAAAAAGACAUUUUAUAUGGCCAUUGAUGGGGUUGCACCUAGAGCCAAAAUGAAUCAGCAAAGAGCACGAAGAUUUAGAACUGCGUAUGAAGCUGAAAUCAAUUUGAAAAAAGCCAUUGAAAAUGGUGACGAGCUCCCAAAAGAAGAUCCAUUUGAUUCUAAUUCGAUUACACCAGGUACGGAAUUUAUGGCCAAAUUGACGGAGAAUUUAAAAUACUUUGUACAUAAAAAGAUCACUGAAGAUUCCCGAUGGGCAAAUAUUGAAAUUGUUUUGAGCGGUCACGAAGUUCCCGGAGAAGGUGAACACAAGAUUCAAGAGUUUAUUAGAGCAGUUAGAUCACAAGAUGAUUAUGACCCAAAUUUGAGACACUGUAUUUAUGGAUUGGAUGCUGAUUUGAUAAUGUUGGGAUUAGUAAGCCAUGACCCCCAUUUUGCCUUGUUACGAGAAGAAGUUACAUUUGGGAACCGCAAGACUUCAUCGGGUCCAAAAGAUGUCACUGACCAAAAAUUUUACCUUUUGCAUUUGUCGUUGGUAAGAGAGUAUUUGGAAUUGGAGUUUAAAGAAGUUGAAGAGCAGGUUGAUUUCGAGUAUGAUUUUGAAAAAGUUUUGGAUGAUUUUAUUCUCAUCAUGUAUGUCAUAGGUAACGAUUUUUUACCUCACUUGCCUGACUUGCAUUUAAAUAAAGGUGCAUUCCCGUUGUUGUUAUCUACUUUCAAGCAAAGUUUGCUUCAAUCUGAUGGGUAUAUCAAUGAAGAAGGUAAAAUCAAUUUACGCCGGUUGAACAUUUGGGUGCAUCAUUUAUCGGAGUUUGAAUUUGAAAAUUUCGAAGAAAGAGAAGUUGACGUUGAAUGGUUCAACAAGAAACUUGACGAUGUUUCCAUAUCUGGAGAGAAGAAGAGGAAAAAGAUUGGUAAGUUGUUGAUUUUGAAAGAACAAAAAAAGUUGGUGGGUUAUAUUAAACCAUGGCUUAUGGAAGUGUCGAGCCAAACUGUCAACGAUCUUAUUCAAUUGGCUAAUGAAGACAAGUUGCCCACUUUGAAAUUGAACAAGGAAGAUGUGGAGAAAAAUUUGGAUUUCCUUAAACAAUUUGCUUUGGAAGCUGGAUUUUUAAUUAUUCAUUCGAAAUCAGAUGAUAGUUAUGUGGCCAAAUUGGAUAUUGAUGGAUUGUCACCAGCUGAAUCAGAAGAAGAUUACGAUGAACGUAUUAGCGAAUUAAGGAAAACCGUCAAGUCGUAUCAAGCGGCAAACUUGGUUGAAAGUCAAGAUGUUCUUGGUGAGACAAAGGGGGUUUACGAGGAGAAAUUUAAAACUUGGAAAAACAACUACUAUGAAGAAAAGUUGCACUUCCCCAUUGAUGAUAAGGAAAAGUUGAUUGAAAUGACUGAACAUUACGUUGAAGGGUUGCAAUGGGUUUUGUAUUACUACUAUCGUGGUUGUCCUUCGUGGAAUUUCUAUUACAAAUACCACUAUGCCCCAAGAAUUUCCGAUGUAUCCCUUGGGUUGGAAGAAUUGAUCAAGAAGGGAGUUGAUAUAACAUUUGAGAAAUCAAAACCAUUCAAACCAUUUGAGCAAUUGAUGGCAGUGCUUCCUGCAAGAUCCAAGAAAUUAAUGCCAGCUGCCUACUGGCCAUUAAUGACUGAUGAAAAAUCCCCCAUUAUUGAUUUUUACCCUCAUGAAGUUGACAUUGAUAUGAAUGGUAAAACGGCUUCCUGGGAAGCAGUUGUCUUGUUGGAUUUUGUUGACGAAAAGAAGUUGCUUGAUGCUUUAAAACCUAUAGAAUCAAAAUUGACACCACAAGAAACAAAGAGAAACUCGUAUGGACAUAACAUUAAAUUCAUCAACAAUCCGCAAAUCGACAAAGUUUACCCUUCACCUUUACCAGGGUUUUUCCACGAUAUUGAACACGACAAGUGUUACGAAACUGAGUUUGUUUUACCAGAGGUUGUUGAGCCCAAAAUUGGCAAACUCGCGGAAGCACGUACAGGUACCGAUUUACUGGCAGGGUUCCCAACUUUGAAAUAUGUCCCAUUCACGUCUGAGUUGGCAUUGAAUGAAGUCAAGGUUUUCAAUUUCUCAUCCAAGUCGGAGACUAUGAUUUUGAAUGUGGAAAAUGUAUGGUCUGAUAUGACUCUGCGUCAAUUUGCUCAAAGCUUUGCUGGUAAAUUGAUUUAUAGCAAUUGGCCAUUUUUAAGGGAAUGUAAAGUGGUGAAAGUCGUUGAUGGCGAAUACAACUAUGAAUCAGUUAGAAACACCAAGGGGUUCAAGCAUGUUGUUACAACUGACAUGGAUCCAGAGGAAAAAAGAAGUUAUCGAUCAACUUGUAAUAACUUGGAUUAUUAUUGGGAUAAGACAAAGGGUGUAAAACUUGGACCUAUUGAAGUUUUGGUCCAUGUGAAAGCUGUCAAUGGGUUGAUAAGAAACCCCAAUGGUGCGUACGUCAAGACGUACUCCAAAGACAUUGAAGUGUACCCUUUGCAGUUAAUUGUAAAGGAUGUCACUCACAAGGAUCAACGUUUCGCUACUAGACCUCCAUUGCCAAUCGAAGAGGAGUUUCCGGUGCACUCCCAAGUUAUUUUCCUCGGAGAUUUGGGCUAUGGGGCUCCAGCGCAAGUUGUGGGCUACUCUGGUGACAAAUUAAGUAUCAGGGUCUCAAAAAUAUCAUCUACGGCUGAACCAAACAUUGGUAAAAGAAGGCAAAGUAUAGAGGCUAAACAAAUCAACUAUGUUCCAUCGUUUGAUGUCAGCAAAAAGCUUGCUAUCAAUCCGCUCUUGUUGUCAAAAAUUACAAGUCUGUACAUGAUACAAGAUGGUAACAAAAAGAUCAACAUUGGAUUAGAGUUGAAGUUUCAAAGCAAAAGACAAAAAGUUUUAGGGUAUACCAAACAACUGGCUAAUGGUAAAUUUUGGGAGUUUUCCCCAUUGGCAAUCAACUUGAUUCAAUCUUACAGGCAGAAAUUCCCCAAAUUGUUUGCAAAACUAUCUCAAUUGAAAGGGUCAGAUAUUCCAAAUUUGAAGGAUGUGUCCGAUGCAGAUGAAAUACAGGAAGUUAAAAAAUGGUUGAAGGAGGUCAAGGCUGAUUUGAUUCCGGUUUCAUUAGAGAGUCAAUCAUUCACCAAAUUCAGUUUUGGUGCUAUUGAGCAAUACAUGGAAAACUAUAUUUUGACUCAAGUACCCAUGAUCAACAAAGAUAUAAGGGGUGUUCCCAGAAAUGCUAUUCUCAAUGCUAGCGAAUCAUACCAAUUGUUAAGUGAUCAAAAAUUUGAGUUGGGAGAUCGAGUCGAGUAUGUACAGGAUUUUGGAAAAGUGCCCAAAAUGUCCAAGGGAACAGUUGUGUCGAUAAUCACUGUUGGCUCAAAAACCUCAUUGGGUGUUAUUUUUGAUGUUCCUCAAUUGAGUGGGAACAACAUGAACGGUAAGCUUCAAUCGAACCGUGGUCUUUUGUUGGAUUCUUCGUUGGUGCUCAAUUUAACUAAUAGACAGUUUGUUUAUCAUUCCAGAGCUUCCAAGCAAAGAAAGCCAAUGACCGAGGAGGAAAAAGUGGCUCGUAUAAAAGCUUCUCAAGCAAAGAAGACGCAUAAACCUCAGUCUCAGGGAGCAGCGCACACUGUGGAAAAGAAGACUGGCUCAGCCGCAUCCAGCGAGAACGGUCAAACUAGUAGCAACCCAACAAAAUCUAAAGGAUCCAACGAGUUGUUAUCCUUGUUGAGAAAGAAACUGUCGGACAAAUCAGCGAACAUAAAAGAAUUUAAAGGGGUAGAAGCCGCCGACAAGGAAACACAAGAUGAACAAAACCAAGCACACAAUCCACAAGCAGCAAAGCAAAUCUACAAUCAAAUAUAUUCAAACGUUAUGAGUGAAGGAAGCUAUCCAGUAAAUGGCGGUCCUUAUGUUCCAAAUGCUCGCAAUGGACCGCAAUAUGGUCAGCCCAUUCCACCCCCUGCUCCUUAUGGAUUUCCGCCUGGCGCAUAUUAUCAGCAACAUCCAUAUCCAGUACCCCCUUCAGCUGCGUCUGCUUCACCGGCUGCACCACCCACUUUUCCACCACAGCAAAAUCAGCUUCAGCAGCAAAGAAGUGGGUCUAAUGGUGCUCCUGCUGCUACCCGGUCCAGCCAAGAAGGAAAACCUGAAUCUAAAGAGCCCAAUGCCAUUGAUCGGUUUUUGAAUGCUACAAAGAAGUCCGAUGUUGGUUCUGAGAAAGACCAAAAGAAAGACAAUUGA